GACACAUCCCGCAAGGCAAGUUAAAUGGUCUCAAUUAUUUUGCCUUCUUUCUUAUCAUAACAGGCUACUUAUGGUCUUUCUCCUCAGUUAACACCUUGGAUUUAGUCUGAUGAAAAGCCUUCAAUUUUUGAAUUUUAAUUUCACACGUUCAAAGUUGCACAUAUUUGUUUUCAAAAUAGAUUUGCAUCUACAGUUUGGUGGAAGAUAUGAAAAUGAAAGUAACGAGUGGUCAAGGUUCGGACAGUGCAGUUGAUUCAGUAGUUCAGGAAACAGAACCCGAGCCUGGAAAUGGGUCAAUUCGACGUCCUGCUGUAAUAAUGCAAUUGGAUGUUUGUAAUCAAAAUAUUGAGACAUUUCUUGAAAAUCUCAAAAAACGAAUUGAAAAGCGAACAAAGAUUACCGAGCGUAUGCUUCAAACACAUUCGACUAAUACUCCAAUCAAGUUCAAGUCAAAAACAUGGGAAUGGACAUCAACAUCACCAUGCUUGAGUUAUCAAAAGUAUCAUCCGAACGAUGACAAAACGACCACAACUCAACACUUAGUUGUUUUGUACUACAGAAUGGGUCCUACUGAGACUGCUGAAGUAUUUUUGGUUUCAAACAGUGCCGUGUCUUUGCAACGAUUCGCCAGGAAUGCAAACACUGCAUUUCCCACAAAUAUUACGCGAAGAUUGGUCGACUGUGAAAUGGUGUCAAAGGAUUCGUCACAUCAUCUGAUUGGCAAUAUAUUCACGAAAACGCGAGUAUUGCGCAACAAAACAACGAUCGACUUUAACGACGUUCCCGUCCUUUUACUGGGAUUCACAGCAUCGUUGCGAAAACAUUGUUCCAUUUUUACAUUGUCGCCAUUCCAUAUUUCUACUAAGGAGCAUCGAGUUCACGUAAAAAAAUUGUCGAUUAGCUUCACCACUCCUCUUACACAGAACGAAGAAGUUUGCGUGUUGGAUCAUUUGACUAAAAUCAUUCGGAACGAGGAAACUCAUUUGAGUACGGGUCAUAAUGUUAUUGAAGAAGAUGUUGAUCUGGCACUAGAUAUUACGGAAGUACCGGAUUCGGUGACUAUUCAGCUCAAUAAUCAAUUGGCAAUCAGCAUUCACCAAAGUAUAAUGUUGAGUACGAAACUUGAACUAACGUUGCAUUUUCCAACGGCAUUCAUAGCGAGAUGUGAAAUUAGGCUUGCCUCGAAGACUUUGUACAGCAAUGAUGGGAUACCAACUGUAUCAGAAGUAUUGAAAGCUAUUUCGUCGUCGGGAAGAUUUAACACUAAAAAAACAAUGAACCCAGCGGCACUUUGGAAAACUCUGAAAUCAUUUCGAAUUUAUUUACUUAACUACAAUGGCGAGCGACAAAUUUCAGAAAGGAUAUCGAUUGUUGAUGUUAUGCACGGUGCACUUCAUCACAACGAUAAAACAUAUUGGAGAUUUUGUUCGCAUUGGUAUCAGGUGAGCAGUGAUCGACUCGCCAUUAUACAACGUAAGUUUCGUCAAUUACUCAAAAACAAUUUAAUGUCUGAGGUCGACUCAGCGUAUUUGUUCAAAAAAUUUCCCGUCACAUCAACACCUACGUUGAACGAAAGUGAUACCUCAUCCAGUUCGCAGCCUUCAACUUCGUCUGCAGCAGCAAAUACACAAGAUUAUUCGCAAUUGACAUUGUCACAACAGUCUGGUCGGGAUAAUCUGGAACAAGAGUACAACUGUAAAUAUGCGUCGGAAGCAAACUAUUUGGUUGGUGACAAAAUAACGGCAAAUUUCAUUGAAAUAUUCGAUUUGUUGAGCUACGACUCGGUAAAUGCUAAAGUAUACAUCUAUCAUGUGAAGAGGAAGUUUGGACAGUCAACUCGAGAUGCAGCAAGCCAAUUAACUGCUUCGGCUAAGCUAAUUUACGACGAUAUUGUUGGUAGUGGGGAAAAAACCCUGCACAAGCAUUACACUCACUUAGUAGAAAAGAGCGAUAUAAAUGCUAAACUUGUUGAAUGGGGAAUAACUAGCAAGGAGCAAUAUGUAGAUUUGUAUCGGAAAAAUAAAUUGACAUUUGUGUACGCAUUUGUCGAUGAAGACAACAAAUCCACGAAGAGGUCAUUAAAAGAGGAAUCGCAAAUAAAAGAAACUGUUGCGGUUGCAGACUUAAUAACAAAACUGGAACUCUACAAGGGCCACAUAAAUGAUUACACCAAUUUCAAAUCAAUUAUGAACGCACUGAAUCGCUUAGUUUUCCAACUUCCAGAUUCCAUUGAACUUGAUAUCGUAGCGCGACGUCUAUUUGAGUUUCUUGUGAAAGCAAAGUUAAUCCAAGCUAACGGUGACGUAACCAGCAAGCUAUUGUUUGGUAUCAACUUCAAUCAAAUGGGACUUCUCAAUACUUCGAUGCAACAAUUCCACGAAUUUACGAAUAAAUUUUGCACUAAAAUUAACUUUUUCGAGCUCAUUUUGAGACCAUAUCGUUCAUUGUACCAAACAUUGAUCGCUAAGAUCGAAUUGCAACGAAUUUAUAGAUUCAUUGCCGAAAAAGGAUUCGAGUUCCAGAUUUGUGAAAUGGAACGGGAGAAUCAGGCUCCGGAAACUCCUGUCAACAAGGUGCCAAUAAAGCGAGACUGCAGUGGAUCCAGUUCGUCUAAAAAACGGCAGAAACUUGGUGGAAGCAGUUCAAAGAAAAAGGAGGUUCCUAAAGGACAACCACUUAUUACAGAAUCGUUGAGAAAAGCGGCGCGUAAUCUCUCUCAGGACCUAGAAUCCGAAUGAAAUGUUAUUUGGACCACUUAACAAUCGACUUUGAUUGGGUUCAGUACACUUGUAAGUUUAUAAAUAUUUGAAU